AUGGAGCUCAAACUGACCGCAUCUGCAAACCGGGUCGAGACGGGUCGAACCCGCCUCCCUCCCGAGCGGCAGACCCAGUCCCUGCCCUGCUCUCCGCUCAGACGCGUCUCACCCAAAAAGAAACAGUUCUACAUCAACCAGGCCGUCCGGAACUCCGAGCUGAUCCAGAGGGCCAAGGGCAAGAAGAGCCAGAGACGCCAGGAGAACUCCCGGUUCCUGGCGAACCUCCUGGAGAAAGAGGAGUGCUGUGAUGAGCUGGAGGUGGGCAGUGUUCCCGCGCUCCCCACGGUCUUCACCGAGGCCUGUGUCAACGGGAACUAUGUGGAGCCUUGGAGUGACUUCUUGAGCUGCUCUGGGGAGGAGCAGGAGGUGCUGCUUGAGCUGUUGGAGCAGGAGGAGGCCAGGAGGAGGAGCAGAGGAGGAGGAGGAGGAGAAGCUCUGAGGGACCAGAGGAACGUGAUCUUCAGUCCUCAUCACUGCUUCCAGAGAAUCGACCGCAGACUCAGAGCCACGCUCCGAAAGAGACAGGUCCCUAUAGGGACAGUGGAGGUGCUGGAGGAGAACCUGCUCAGCUUCUUCAACACUGAUCCAACCUCUGUCUUCAUCACCUGCCUCUCCAGCAGCUUCGAGAGGCUGCUGCUCCAUGCUGUGUGUCAGUACAUGGACUUGGUCUCUCUCAGUACUGACUCAAAGGGCUCUCGUCAGACUGAGGUGGUGAACAAACACAACAGCUUCUUACCCCCAUCACUGCUGCUGUCGGCCUAUCUGCAGAGGAGCUGA